CUGGCAGAUGUUUUGUUACUUCUUAUCUUGCAGAAUUAUGGAAGAAAAGUAGCAGGAUAUUUGACCAUCAAAAUACUGCCCUUUCCAAAUCUGCUGCCAGAGAACUCAGCCAUUGGCAUUUGACUGAAGAACAAAAAGGAACUAGAAGAAGCAGUCAAAUCAGAGAAAGGAAAGAAGGCAGACUGCUUCGGCUAGAGAGAGAGGGAUAAGAGUUCCUGAAAAAAGGUUCUUAUGAUGGAAGAAGUGGGAAAUAAUAGCACAUUGGAUCCUGACUGUUCUGUAGAUCAACCUCCUUUCUCCAAAAUAAUAUUGGAAAGCCUUGGUUUAACAGGAAUAUUGCUCUUUGCCAUGCUAACUUUAAUGACAUUGACAGCCAACCUUGUGUUUGCUGAGGAGGUUUUCUACAUCUACCGCAAAAUCCCAUCAUCUAAAAGGUCGAUUUUUAUUUGGAUAAAUGCAGCUGCACCAGUGAUAGCGACUACAUCAUGUAUUGGGAUGUGGAUUCCUCGCUCCACAAUGUUCACAGAUUUUACUGCAGCAGUUUUUUUUGCAAUAGUUAUCCACAAGUUCCUGCUCAUGAUGAUUAAAGAGUGUGGAGGUCAAAAACUAUUCCUCAGACGUUUUGAGAAUGACUCCUUCAAGAUAAGCACAGGGCCUUGCUGUUGCUACUGCCUCUGCCUUCCACAUAUACGUAUUAACAAGCGAACCCUCUUUUUACUGAAGCUGGGGACCUUCCAAUUUGCUUUCCUCCGCCCUGUGCUAAUGUUUCUGUCAAUAGUGCUUUGGACAAAUGGAAACUACAAUCUUUCUGAUUUAUCUCUCACUGGAGCUGCCAUAUGGAUUAACUGCUUCAUUGCAGUCCUUACAAUCAUUGCCCUGUGGCCAGUUGGAAUUAUGUUUCAACAAGUUCGGGCUCUCCUUAACUGCAAGAAGAUUAUUCCUAAAUUUGCACUUUAUCAGUUUAUCCUUAUUCUGACUCAGCUCCAAUCAGCAAUCAUUAACAUUCUGGCUACGCAAAGGGUAAUUGCUUGUGCACCCCCACUUUCAUCUUCAGCAAGAGGAGCUUAUAUAAACCAGCAGCUGCUCAUAUUGGAAAUGUUUCUCAUAACUUUGUUCUCACGAGUUGUCUACAGGAAAAGAUAUGAUGAUCUGGAGCUUCCACUCGGCUCAGACCAGGAAACCUAAGGAUAGCAAACAGAAUAAGACUGGAGUAAGGAGCAAUGUUUUUGGAAACGAAGUCCCACCCAUUUAUAUGUUGAUAGUCCAUAAACCAAGAUGCUGCCUCUUUCUCUGUUAAGAUUCUCACCAAGGCAUUUGCUGUCUUUCAGAGACUUCCUUCUGGUUUUUCAUAACAUGGCAAUACAAAGAUCAUUCCUGAUAGAAACAGAAUAAAUUCACAUGGACCAGGCAUUCAGGGCUAAAAGAUGGAUGUCAGGAGUUAAACUGUUACAGUGCCAUAGUGGUUGAAAGGUACCAUUUGGUAGUGAAGGAACUCAACUGUGGCUGAUAGAACUAGUAGAAGGAAAGCUUAAUGACAACUUUAACCAAUUUUCAAUACUGCUUUUUCUUAUUUGUCUAGUACCAUUUAGAGGCAAACCUAAUUUCUGUUAAAUGUACAGUAAAUAUUAGCAUGAGAAGUAGAUCAACUCUUAAAAUGAAGACAGUCUUAGAUGCAGUAACAGGAGUUAAUUUUGACACAACUUUCAUAAUAUUUAUGUACUUUUGUUAUCAUAUCAUGUUCUGAGAAUGGCUGAUGGUCGGAUUCCCAAAGAUCUCCUGUAUGGAGAAUUAGUCCAGGGAA